AUGGACAUUUUUAAAGGGGUGGAAACUGUGCCAGUCGACAGGGAGAGGUUUAUGAUAUUCAAUAGAAAGUGUCUCUCGAAAAGCCUUGUAUUUGGGAGUAUUGAUGACAUUCACAGCGUCGCUGAAAAUCAGGGAUUGAGGGUUUAUGUAAAAGAGUCUAAUUUCUCAACGUUUACCAAAACAUACCUUUCGGCUAAUUCAGCGGGUGAAAUUUAUUCAAGCCAAAGCGAGGACGACAAUUCUGAAAUUACAGUGAUAUUGCCACAAGAACUGGCAGCAAAAGCCAAAGAGCAGCACAAUGAUUUUUCAAGGAUUGUGUUUGCUGUGAUUGACAACCUAACUCUUUUUGAGUUCGAGGAUGACCGCAGCAUUUUAAACAGAAAGGUGGUUGGAGUUAUAGUGGGAAACACAAGCAUUGAAAACAUCACAGAGCCGGUGACUAUUAACAUCGAACAUGAUGAAACACUGCAGGACAAUUCAUUCCAUCAGUGUGUCUUCUGGCUUGAUGUCGACGACGAAAGUACACCAGGUCACUGGGAUCCUGCUGGUUGUCAAACAGAAACUCGGAAUAAUCAAACUAUUUGCUAUUGCCACCACUUGUCUUUCUUCGCUGUGUUACUGGAUUUUCAAAGAAAGGACAUGGCUUUGCAUGAGGAGGUGCUGGUAUCGCUGACGUACAUCACCCAGAUUGGCUGUGGCAUUUCUGCUAUCUUCUCAGCCCUCAAUGUAAUUCUAUACUUUGUGUACAGAAAUUUCAAAAGUGAUCAUGCUACCGUGAUCCACAUCAAUCUCAGCGCAGCUUUAUUUCUGCUGAAUAUGACCUUCAUGAUCAACGUGUGGGCUACUUCCUCCAGCUCUGAUGGUGUGUGUAAGCUCUUGGCUGUGUGUAUGCAUUACUCAUUGCUCUGCAGUUUUACAUGGAUGGCAAUUGAAGCUUUUCACCUGUACAUCAUGCUGAUCAAAGUCUUCAACAGCUACAUAAGAGGCUACAUUCUGAAAUUGGCCCUUGUUGGCUGGGUGAAGUGUAAGCAUGGAUAUUUGUUCAACGGAAAUCAUUUUGUUUCAUCGACAGCCAUGCCUGCUGUAGUGGUGAUUUUGUGUGUUUCAACAAAAAAAGACAACUAUGGCCAGUAUGUGAUUCAGAGUCAGAACAAUUCUAGCUCUACCUCAGUGUGCUGGAUAACAACGAACAUUGUCCAUUAUGUUACAAACGGUGCUUAUUUUACAGUCAUAUGGCUGUGCAAUACAAUAAUAUUCGUUACUGUGUGCAUCAUGUUGGUUCAAAUGAAAAAUGUUCAACGCAACUGGAAUGAGAAAGGGAAUGCUUGGAAGGAUAUAUGGCUAACUUUGGGUCUAUCUUGCUUGCUCGGCACCACAUGGGCUCUGGCUUUCUUGCAAUUUGGCCCUCUGCACAUAGCUACCCUGUACCUGUUCACCAUCUUCAACUCCUUACAAGGUUAG